GCGAUCGCUUGCCAGCUGCAUUUAUUUUUCCUCCAUGCCUGCAUUUCCCAUGGCGCCCGCUAUCGUGUUGGUUAACUGGGGAACAUAUUAACUGUUAUUUCAUUUAACUUGGAUAUAACUACGUAUUUUUUAAAUAUUUUUUACCUUUGUUGAAACUAUUUUCGUUUAAUUCUCAACCGGCCAUGACCGUGGAGCAGAAUGUCCUCCAACAGCAUUCUCAGAAGCACCAGCAGACUCUACUGAACCAGCUGAGGGAGGUCACAGGCACCACAGACGUCCAGCUGCUCCAGCAGGCCCUGCAGGUCAGUAAUGGAGACCUGGCGGAGGCGGUGGCCUUUCUGACAGAGAAGAAUGCCAAGGUGCCCCAGCAGGAUGAGGCUACCUACUACCAGACCACCCAGGUGGGCAACGACAGAUACAUCAGCGUGGGCAGCCAGGCAGACACUAACGUGAUUGACCUGACUGGUGAUGAUAAGGAUGACCUCCAGAGGGCUAUCGCUCUCAGCCUGGAGGAGUCCAGCCGGGCCUUCAGGGAGACUGGCAUCACCGACGAGGAGCAAGCCAUCAGCAGAGUUCUGGAGGCCAGCAUAGCGGAGAACAAGGCGAGCCUGAAGCGGACACACACGGAGGUGUGGAGUGACUCGCCCAACCCUCACGACAGGAAAAGGAUGGAGAACUGCCCCGUUGGGCUCAAGAACGUGGGCAACACCUGCUGGUUCAGCGCCGUCAUCCAGUCUCUGUUCAACCUACUGGAGUUCCAGAGGCUGGUGCUGUAUUACUCCCCUCCUGCCAGAGUCCAGGACCUGCCUCGCAACCAGAAGGAGCACAGGAACCUGCCCUUCAUGCAGGAGCUGAGAAACCUUUUCUCACUCAUGGUGGGUUCUAAGAGGAAGUAUGUGGACCCAUCGCGUGCUGUGGAGAUCCUCAAGGACGCCUUCAAGUCCAGCGAGUCUCAGCAGCAGGAUGUCAGUGAGUUUACACAUAAGCUGUUGGACUGGUUGGAGGAUGCCUUCCAGAUGAAGGCAGAGGAGGACAGAGAGGGUGAGAAACCAAAGAACCCGAUGGUUGAGCUGUUCUAUGGCCGCUUCCAGGCUGUGGGGGUUCUGGAAGGAAAGAAGUUUGAGAACACAGAGAUGUUCGGGCAGUACCCUCUGCAGGUGAAUGGCUUUAAGGACCUGCACGAGUGUUUAGAGGCAGCCAUGAUCGAGGGGGAGAUCGAGUCCCUACACUCAUCUGCAGAGAACUCUGCCAAGUCUGGACAGGAGCACUGGUUUACCGAACUUCCUCCUGUCUUGACCUUUGAACUGUCGAGAUUUGAGUUCAACCAAGCCCUGGGUCGACCUGAGAAGAUCCACAACAAGCUGGAGUUCCCCUCCAUGCUGUACAUGGACAGGUAUAUGGACAGGAACCGAGAGAUCACCAGGAUUAAACGAGAGGAGAUCAGGAGACUGAAAGAGCAACUGACUUUACUUCAACAGCGUCUGGAGAGGUAUCUGAGCUAUGGCUCUGGUCCCAAGAGGUUUCCUCUGGCAGAUGUCCUGCAGUACGCCAUGGAGUUUGCCUCCAGUAAGCCAGUCUGCACCUCUCCCUUGGAGGACAUCGACACGUCAGCACCACCCGGUGGCACAACGGGGCAGCUGCUGCCUGCUCUAAGCACAGCCGAACAGGGUCCCUCCUGCACCCUUCCAGAGGGUUUGUCUCCCGCCCCCACCCAAGCUCCCUCCACCCAGCAGAGGGUGCCCAUCCACAAGCCCUUCACCCAGUCCCGACUGCCCCCUGACCUGCCUAUGCACCCAGCCCCACGCCACAUCACUGAGGAGGAGCUCCGGGUGCUGGAGGGCUGCCUGCACCGCUGGAGGAGUGAGGUGGAGAACGACACCCAUGAUCUUCAGGGCAGCAUAUCCAGAAUCCACAGAACCAUUGAGCUGAUGUAUUCUGACAAGUCCAUGAUGCAGGUUCCGUUCCGGCUGCAUGCGGUGCUGGUGCACGAGGGCCAGGCUAACGCUGGCCAUUACUGGGCCUACAUCUACGACCCCCACCAGCAGCGCUGGAUGAAGUACAACGACAUCUCGGUCACCAAAUCCUCCUGGGAGGAGCUGGUCAGGGACUCGUUCGGAGGCUACCGUAACGCCAGCGCCUACUGCCUCAUGUAUAUCAACGACAAGAAGCCUUUCCUCAUAGAAGAGGAGUUUGAUAAGGAGACGGGUCAGAUGCUGAGUGGUCUUGAUAAGCUCCCUUCGGACCUGAAGGCCUACGUGAAGGAGGACAAUGGCCUGUUUGACAAGGAGAUCGAGGAGUGGGACACCCUGCAGGCACGCAAGGCCCAGCAGGAGAAGCUGGCCCUGGCCGCAGCCACUGCAGCGGCAGAAACAACGUCCCCUCAACCUAUGAGCACAGAGCCCAGUCCACCAGACAGCUGGGGCCCUCAGCAGGACCCAGAGUACAUGGAGCAGCCGUCCCCCACAGAUGACUCCAAGCACCUGCAGGAGGACACAGAGAGGGCCAUCUCCAAGGCUGCAGCCGAGAAGCAGGAGGAGAGGAGCCCUGAGGGACUGCUUACUGCAGCACUAGAAAGUCAGCCCAAUUCCCUUAGCUCGGGUCCUUAUCCACCUGUGGAUCCUUCCCUCACCCCUCCCUCUGACCCCCCCAUGGAGGAUGAGCCCCUUUCCCAGCGUACGGUAGAGGUUGCCAUUCCCCAGGUGGGAACCUUUGUCAUCGAGUCAGAGGAGGGGGGGUACGAUGAUGAGGCCAUGAUGACUCCAAACAUGCAGGGUAUUAUUAUGUCCAUUGGCAAGGCCAGGAGUGUGUUUGAAAGGCUUGGGCCCGAAGCCGCCUUCUUCAAGGCCAUUAAGGUGGAGUACACCCGUCUGCUGAGGUUUGCCCAGGAGGACACGGCCCUGGAGAAUGACUACCGUCUGCAGCACGUCAUCGUCUACUUCAUCCAGAACCAGGCCCCCAAGAAGAUCCUGGAGAGAACCCUCCUCAUGCAGUUCGCAGACCGCAACCUAAGCUUUGACGAACGGUGUAAGAGCAUUAUGAAGGUGGCCCGUGCCAAACUAGACCUUGUUAAGCCAGAAGAGGUCAACAUGGAGGAGUAUGAGAUGUGGCAUCAGGACUACAGGAAUUUCCGCGAGACAACAAUCUUUCUGAUGAUUGGCUUAGAGCUGUUCCAGAAGAAAUGCUUUGUGGAGGCUUUGAUGUACCUGAUCUACUCGUACCAGUACAACAGAGAGCUGUUGGUCAAAGGGCUGUACAGAGGUCACAACGAUGAGCUCAUAGGUCACUACCGCAGAGAGUGCCUGCUGAAACUGAACGAGAAUGCGGCGGGGAUGUUUGAGUCUGGUGAGGAGCUGGAGGUUUGCAAUGGGCUGAGCAUCAUGAAUGAGCUGGUGGUGCCGUGUAUCCCCCUACUGCUUGUCCACGACACAGAGAAGGACCUGCUGGCUGUGGAGGACAUGAGGAACCGCUGGUGCUCCUACCUGGGGCAGGAGAUGGAGCCCAACCUGCAGGAGAAGCUGACUGACUUCCUACCCAAGUUACUUGACUGCUCGACAGAGAUAAAAAGCUUCCACGACCCUCCAAAGCUGCCCACCUACUCCACUCUGGAGCUGGUUGAGCGCUAUGGCCGUGUCAUGGCCUCCUUGAGCCGGGUGCCUGCGGACGGGAGAUGAGCUGAGGGGGCAGGAGCCCCCCUCACAGUCCCACGGCCCCUUCAGCACCCAGGCCACUCACCAAUGGAACUCUUUUAACCCAUGCCUUCCUUAUAAACCAGGGGUCACUCGCUAUAGCUGUUACUCCUCUAUCUCUUUUGCUGCUAUAGGUUUUAUCAUUAUAAUACUUAUUAUUUUAAUCCAAUUUAAGUAAAAUGCAACAGAAAUGAAUGAAUAGACAGUUGGAAAAGGAAGAGCAGGGGUAGUGGAAAUGGCGCUCUUGCAGUGAUUGAAAGCCAGUGCAUGCUGCUCCAAGCUUUAAAUGAGGUGGGGUGUUUUUUGUUGUUGUUCAGUUUAUGUCCCCUCCCACCCCCACCCGCCUCUUUCUUAAAGCACCCCUUCUCUGCAGAAGAAUGGGUGCUCUGCCACCAGUUUGGUACAGUAUUAUCACGUUUUUGUUUUAUUUUUCUAAAGGAAGCGACAAAAUGAGAACCUUGAGAUUUUAUCAGCGGCUUUAAGUAUCUCAAGUGGGUCUGUGAACUCUGGACUGCACCAGAAUGGGAAGUUUUAAGUGCUGUGGUAGACAGCCAUGGACACUCUGUGGCUUGUUAAUAAAUCAAGAUAAUAAAAUUUUAUUUAUGGCCCUUUUAGGCCAAAUACAUCGUU